AUGCAGUUGAUCAAGACUCUCAUCUUCCUCGCCACCGUCACCUCUGGUGCCAUGGCCGCUGUUCGUCAAGCUGCUGUCGCCCGCGGCGGCACUGAGCAGGUCGUGGCUUACUACGAUUUCGAGUGCGAUUGCACCACUACCACGACCGUCACUGUCAGUGGCGGCGUCACUGUCUACCCGACCAUCGAUAGUGCUACUCCCCCGACUACCAUCUCCACUGCCUGCACAUUCGACAAUACGACUCCUGGAGGCUACCCCAUUCCGACUCUGGCCACCACCACAGUCACCGGUGUCACCUCCACCAUCUCCACAGUUCCUUCUGGUACUGGCAGCACUGGAGUUUCUCCUCCUGCUGGCGGUUCGGUUCCUCCUGGUGCAACUGUCCCACCCACUGUGACUAGCACCCGACCUAACCCCGCUACCCCGACUAUCAUCACAGGCUCUGCUACUCACUCCUCUAGUGUUACUCUUUCUGUCUCUUCCAGUAGUACCGACACUGGAUCCGGCCCCUCCACCUUGACACCCGAGGCUCCCCCCACCUCGACUGCCUCUUCAGCUGGUGCCGCUCACCAGACCGUAUACCUGGGUCUGCUUGGCGCCGCAGCAUUUGCUCUGGUAAUCUGA